CUUGCUUGCCCAAUUGGAUCGUCGAUCCAAGCAACGACGAGUACCUUAACGUUUUUGCAGUCACAUAUUCGCACAUUCUUUUCUCAGGUUUAGCUGGGAGGGGGGGCGAAAUUGAACUCUGAGAACGAGGAUAAUUCUUUCUUGCCAUACAAUUUUGCAAUUAAUUCCCCCUCCCAUCGUGUUUGCCGUCAGAUUCCAUUGUAUGGGAUCGGUUGUUUCGAGCGAGAUUCUUGAACUUCUGAAGGGUGAAGACAGGUUUUCCCGGUUUUCUGUUACUGUGCCAGACUCACCAAAUUCUUAUUAACAAGUAACUAGAUCCACAACCAGACCAGACGGUAGUUCGGCAGUAAGUGAGUACUCAGCCGUGCAGCAAGCUGGCAAAUUAGUACGUGUGCUAAACACACACAGCCCGUCCAAGACGCACGCGUGUUCAACGCUGAAAUACUGUGUGCCUCCCUCGAGAGAGUCCAAAGAAAGAAGAACUCGAGAUUGUCAAAGUAGUUGAUCUUGGAAAUCCACCCUGUCCAUUACUGUUUCGGAUUCAUCUCUUGGACGGAGCCAGCCCAAACGAAUUGACUCAUGGACGAUCCCGGCGUGAGUUUGUCCCAGUCGAGCUCCUCAAGUUGUGCCAUUGACCCCAAGCUCUUUCAACGGAACACAUCCCGACACUCGCUCUCUGAUCCUCUUACGGUCAGCAUGGCUGAUUACCUCAUCUCCGGUGGAACAUCCUAUGUGCCUGAGGAUGGCAUCACAGGAGCCCAGCUCAUGUCGGGCGGCCAUGGAUUGACUUACAACGACUUCAUCAUCUUGCCGGGAUACAUCGACUUCACCCCCGACGAAGUGGACAUCACGAGCGCUUUGACCAAAACCAUCAAACUGAAGGCGCCCUUUAUUUCCACCCCAAUGGACACUGUAACCGAGGCCGAGAUGGCCAUUGCUAUGGCUUUGGGGGGAGGGAUUGGCAUCCUCCACCAUAAUUGUGCGCCGGAAUAUCAAGCCAAUCAAGUUCAAACGGUCAAAAAAUACCAACAUGGCUUUGUUCUGGACCCUUAUGUUCUGAGUCCGAAUGACACGGUGCGUGAAGUACUGAGUUGCAAGGAGAAAUUCGGGUUUUGUGGCAUUCCAAUCACGGCAAAUGGGGAAAUGGGAGCCUGCCUCGUGGGGAUUGUCACUUCUCGCGACAUUGAUUUCUUGGAGGGCCGUGGAAACAGCCAAAAGCUCAGCGAGGUCAUGACUCCCUUUGAGCAAUUAGUGACCGCUCAAGAGGGCAUUUCCUUAUCGGAUGCCCAUCACCUGCUGGAGAAAUCGAAAAAAGGAAAGCUUCCCAUCAUCAAUGAAAACCAUGAGUUGGUGGCUCUGAUCGCCAGAACAGAUUUGAAGAAAUCUCGAGAAUUUCCCAAUGCAUCCAAAGACGAGAACAACCAGCUCUUGGUUGGAGCAGCCAUUUCCACCCGGGAAGAGGAUAAAGUGCGGCUCAAGAUGUUGAAAGAGGCCGGUGUGGACGUAGUUGUACUAGACUCGAGCCAGGGUAAUUCGAUUUUCCAAAUUGAUAUGAUCCGUUUCAUAAAGGAAACGUUUCCGGAACUCCAAGUUGUAGGUGGCAACGUUGUGACUGCUGCUCAGGCCAAAAACCUGAUUGACGCCGGUGUGGAUGCUUUGCGGGUGGGAAUGGGAAGUGGCUCAAUCUGCAUCACCCAAGAAGUCAUGGCUGUGGGUCGGCCUCAAGCCACGGCCAUUUACAAAGUCUCUGAAUACGCCCGUCGAUUCGGCGUGCCCGUGAUUGCAGAUGGCGGAAUUCAAUCCGUGGGACACGUCAUGAAGGCCGUCUCCUUGGGGGCCUCCACAGUUAUGAUGGGAAGCUUGUUAGCCGGAACCUCAGAGGCCCCAGGGGAGUACUUUUUUCAAGAUGGAGUCAGAUUGAAGAAGUUCCGCGGAAUGGGCAGUCUGGAGGCAAUGGAAAAGAAAACCGGUGAUGGAUCUUUGGACCGGUAUUUCCAUAACAAAGCAGAUCGGGUGAAAGUUGCCCAGGGCGUGUCGGGAAAUAUUGUCGACAAGGGAUCAGUGCUUCGGUAUUUGCCGUAUUUGGUGGCGGGUCUCCACCACGCUUGUCAGGAUGUGGGUGCCAAAACCUUGCCUCUGCUCCGAUCCAUGAUGUACAGUGGCGAGCUUAAGUUUGAGAGGCGGACAGCCAGCGCACAAGCCGAAGGGGCGGUCCACAGUCUGCACUCCUUCGAGAAGAGACUUUACUAAUCAAUAGACCGCCCCAAGAUCAUGCCAAAUCAUUGUUCCCCCCACAAGAUUUUCAUUAUCAAUUACCCUAAAUUACGUUAAAAGGGAAAGCGAGUUAUAUUGGACCGCAAGCAUUUGAUCUCGAUGUUCUAGUAACAUGGCUGUACAUGAAAUUUGGGCUCGCAACUCGCCAAUAAAUCGAUUUCCAGACA